AUGCAUCGCUAUUCCUUCCCACAUAGUCCGGUCGCUAAUCCCGAGGCGAUCAUUGGUGCUAGCAAUUACCGUUUCACCGUUUUGACUGACGGCCUAAUUCGUUAUGAAUGGGCUGCAGACUGCCAAUUUGAGGAUCGCGCCUCAGUUCUUGCCAUUAACCGCCAGCUGCCCGUACCCGAAUUUCGCGUUAUAGAGGAUCAACACAGUCUUCAGAUUCUCACUUCCCGAUUCCACCUCAAUUAUGACAAACAAAGAUUUUCUGCAAAUGGUCUCAGCGCCGUCAUUAAGGGAAACUAUGGGCCUCAUGUCAGUGUCUGGCGUUAUGGAGUCGAAGUUUCAAAUCUCGGUGGCACGACCCGUACUCUGGAUGAGGCAGAUGGCCGAGUUGCGCUCGAGCAGGGUGUUAUUUCCAGACAGGGAUAUGCGACUCUGGAUGACUCAACUUCCAUGCUCUUUGAUGAUUACCAGUGGGUGACUACAAGAUUGCCUGGAAAUCGCGUGGAUGGCUAUCUUUUCGCGUACGGUCACGACUAUCGACAAGCCAUUCAGGCGUUUUAUCUUCUAUCAGGACCACAACCUCUGCUUCCCCGAUGGGCCCUGGGGAACUGGUGGAGUCGAUUUUAUCCUUACACAGCGGACGAAUAUCUAUCGCUGAUGGAUCGAUUCCGCGAGAGUAGGAUACCACUAUCAGUCGCCGUAUUGGAUAUGGAUUGGCAUAUCGUGCAAGAUGAACGCGUCAAGAAAGCCGGAGUGACAGGAUGGACUGGUUACACCUGGAAUAAAGACCUUUUCCCCAAUCCCAAGGCUUUUCUUGCGGAACUCCACGAUCGGGGCCUACAUAUUUCUCUAAAUGAUCAUCCAGCAGACGGUGUUCAGAGCUACGAAGAAUCCUAUGAGGAAAUGGCCAUCGCUCUGAAGCAUGACAUGUCCAUGGGUGACCCUAUCUCGUUCGACAUUACAAAUCAGGCCUUUUUGGAUGCUUUUUUUGAUGUGCUCCACCGGCGAUUCGAAAGGGAUGGACUGGAUCUUUGGUGGGUGGAUUGGCAGCAAGGAACACAUUCCCGUAUCCCCGGCAUUGAUCCACUUUGGGUACUCAAUCAUUACCACUUCUUGGACAGCGCUCUUGGAAACAAGAGGCCCUUGACAUUUUCGAGGUACGCAGGCCCAGGCAGUCACCGGUACCCUAUUGGGUUCUCGGGUGAUACCGUAGUAUCAUGGGAUUCUCUUCACUUCCAGCCAGAGUUCACCGCAACAGCGUCAAACAUUGGGUUUGGCUGGUGGAGCCAUGAUAUUGGAGGCCAUUUCCACGGUGAAAAGAAUGACGAGAUGCUCAUUCGAUGGGUACAAUACGGCGUAUUCUCCCCAAUCCUGCGUCUCCACUCGUCGAACAACAUUUUCAGCAUUAAGGAACCCUGGAAUCUUGACCCUCAAUAUGGGCAGAUCAUGGCAAAGUAUCUGCAACUUCGUCAUAGACUGCUUCCAUAUCUAUACACCAUGAAUGUUCGCGCUGCCGUGCAAGGGCUCCCUCUUGUUCAACCCAUGUAUUGGGGCUACCCCGAAAGCGAGGAGUCAUACAACGUACCAAAUCAGUACAUCUUUGGCUCAGAUCUCAUUGUGACACCAAUUACUGCUCCUCAAGAUCCUAGAUCUCGGAGAUCUCAGGUCCUCGCAUGGCUUCCUCCUGGUAGGCACGUGGAUAUUUUCACAGGUGUGGUCUACGAUGGAGAUCGUCGGAUUUGGCUAAAUCGACGCCUGCAAGAUUACCCAGUAUUCGCCCCCGAGGGAGCGAUCAUUCCACUUGAUGCGGCAUCAGGUCUCACAAAUGGCUGUCCAAAUUCUACCACGAUCGAGCUCCUGGUUGUUGUUGGGGCAGAUGGCAAUUUUGAACUUUUGGAAGACGAUGGCAAGGGUCAGCACGUGGAUCAAGUCAAUUUUCGCCGAACGAAAUUCUAUUUCGAUCAACAGGCUGGUGAGUUGCAUAUUGGACCUACAUGUGGUGGGAACAUACCUUCUGGUCUUCGCCAAUGGAAUGUUCGCUUCCUCGGAUACGCGUCAGCGGAAAGGAUAGAAGUUUGUGUCGGGGAUGAAAGACACAUCUUGAAUGGUCAGAAUGAGAGCAACGGCUUCUCACUGGAACUGGGAUCUCACCAAGAAAGUGCGCACAUCGUGGUAAAGUUGGAAAGUCAUCCCACUUUAAUGAUGAACCGGCCUGAGACUCAAAUUAUCGACUUUUUGCGCGGUGCUCAGAUCGAACUGGAUCUGAAGGACGAGAUUCGGAAGGUUGUCGAAAAGCCGAUAUCCAAGUUGCUGCAGAUUGGAGAUCUUCAUGCCCUUGGCCUCGACAGCAUAUUGUUGAAUCCAAUCCUUGAGUUUCUCUUAGCUGACUCUAGGUCUGCAUUCACCAAAGACAACCAGGAUAUCAGCAGCCCUUCGCAGCAAAAGCAAAAUGGUAUAAAGUGUCUCAAUAAGUCAGUCUGA